AUGGAGGGAGUCACCGGAUUUGUUCUCAUCUUCAUCCUGGAAGUAGCUGCUGAUGCAGGUCCUGGUGAUGGUGGAGGAGAGACGGCCCAGAAGAAGCUACAGUACAGAGAUCCUGAGAUCAAUCGACCCCUGAACAGCCUCGAUGUCUCCCCCUUGGGCAAAUCCCGCACCCCAUUGGAGAUCUUCAAAAAAGUGGGGAUCCCAAUCAUCGCAGCAGUGCUGAGCCUGGCAACCAUCGUCGUGGUGGCCAUCCUCAUCAAGGUGAUUCUGGACAAUUAUUUCUUCAUCUGUGGGCAGCCCCUCCUCUUCAUCCCAAGGGAACAGGUGUGUGAUGGCCACCAGGACUGUGCCUUGGGGGAGGAUGAGCAGUACUGCGUCAAGAAACUCCCCGAUGGACUUCCAGUGGCAGUCCGCCUCUCCAGGGACCGAUCCACCCUGCAGGUGCUGAACCCCGCCACGAAGAACUGGGCCUCCGCCUGUUUCGACAGCUUCACAGAAGCUCUGGCCAAGACCGCCUGUCGGCAGAUGGGCUAUGACAGCAAACCCACCUUCAGAGCUGUGGACGUUGGCCCAGCCCAAGAUCUGGACAUUGUCAAAAUCACAGAGAACCUGCAGGAGCUUCAGGUGCAAAACUCAAGUGGCCCCUGUCUCUCAGGUUCCCUGGUUUCCCUGCAGUGCCUUGACUGCGGACAGAGCGUGAAGGCCCCUCGGGUGGUGGGUGGGAAGGAGGCCUCUGUGGAUUCUUGGCCUUGGCAGGUCAGCAUCCAGUACAACAAACAGCACAUCUGUGGAGGGAGCAUCCUAGACCCGCACUGGAUCCUCACGGCUGCCCACUGCUUCUGGAAGCAUCUCGAUGUGCCCAACUGGAAGGUGAGGGCUGGCUCAGACAGACUGGGCAGCUCCCCAUCCCUGCCUGUGGCCGAGAUCUUCAUCCUUGAGCCGAACGCCACACACCCCAGAGAGCACGACAUUGCCCUCGUGAAGCUGCAGCUACCGCUCACAUUCUCUGGCACAAUCAGGCCCAUCUGCCUGCCCUUCUCUGACGAGGAGCUCACUCCAGGCACCCCACUCUGGGUCAUUGGAUGGGGAUUUACAGAAGAGAACGGAGGGAAGAUGUCUGACAUACUGCAGCAGGGAUCCGUCCAGGUCAUCAAUAGCACUCGGUGCAACGCAGAGGAUGCGUACCAGGGGGAGGUCACCGAGACGAUGAUGUGCGCAGGCCUCCCGGAGGGUGGCGUGGACACCUGCCAGGGCGACAGUGGUGGCCCUCUGAUGUAUCACUCUGACCGGUGGCAAGUGGUGGGCAUCGUGAGCUGGGGCCAUGGCUGUGGGGGGCCUACUACCCCAGGAGUAUACACUAAGGUCACAGCCUACCUCAACUGGAUCUCCAAUGUCCGGAAGGUAAGCGUCUUUGCCCUCGCUGUUGUACCCUCCCUCCCUUCCUCUUCUCUGUGGGUUCCAAGCCACCCUUAG